CGCUCAUUCCCGCCCAAGGGAGCCGCGGGAGCGCGCGCCGAUCAUCUGCUUCCGCGCGGGAGCGCGCGCCGACAGUCCUACGCCUCCAACAGUCUCGCAGCCCCCCGCCGCCCUCCGGUCCAGCCGUCCAGGCUCAAUUUAGUAACAGGCAGAUGGAGCUGCCUGCAGCAGAUCACAUAACACGCUGUGCUGCAAACCCUUGUUCACUCCCACCAGCUCCCAUCUGCAGCCCACCGCACUAGCCCAUGCCGUACCAUGGCUUCCUCAGGACUCUGGGCCCUGGAUUAUGAGGUCUAUGGGGACGUACAAGGUGUCUUCUUUAGAAAGUACACAGAAGACCAGGGCAAGAAGCUAGGGGUGGUCGGCUGGGUGAAGAACACCCCCUAUGGGACUGUGACUGGGCAAGUGCAAGGGCCCAAGGAGAAGAUUGAGAUCAUGGGCCGUAGAAACCUGCUUGCCCAUCCCCCAUCACCCGUGGCAGCCGGGAAGGGCAGGCGGGGCAACUUCCGUAGCAACGGCUCCGUCACCUUCAGAGAUAUGACAACCAGAGGCAGUUUCCAUAGCAACAAGUCCCCCUUCCAUCACCUUCAACAUUUGGAGACAGAGAGAGAAGUGGAACAGUUUCCAUAGAAACCAGUCUCCCCCCAUUUCCACCACCUUCAGGGCUUGAACAAAUUGGGGCUGCUUCUGUAACAGCCAGUCUGCUUCAUUCCCCCAUCCCUUUUCACGAACGAGAUAAUGGGGGAAAGGCAGGGUCCAUAGCAACUAGUCUCCCCUCUCUUUGCUUCAGGUCUUGGAAGGAGAUAAAAGAGAAGGCAGGUUCCACAUGGACUUUACAGGCUGAACCUGUUUGUGUGGGAUAAUGGCUGGGUAAAUGCCAGCUGUGUAAACAGGGAGCCAGGACUCCUGGGUUCUGUCCCUAGCUCUGGGAAAGGAGUGGUGUCUAAUGAUUAGAGCAGGGGGGCUGGGACUCCUAGGUUCUAUUCCUGGUUCUGGGAGGGAACUGGAAUGCAUUGGGAGCGGGGGAGGCUGCAACCCAGGACUCUGGGGUUCCAUCCCUGGCUCUGGGAAUGGAGUGGGAUCCAGUGGUUAAAGCAGCAGGGCUGGGAGCCAGAGCUCUCCUUAUGGAUGCUUAUGGAUGCUCUCACCCCCCACCC